CUCCUCCUAGUUCUGGGAAACGAAACUGAAAUCAAGCCAGUUUUCUUCCUUCCCCCACCUCCCAGAAUCACACUCACGCUGUUGUUUCUCAGUCCACUGCAGCUAGAUUGAGACCGGAGGAUACAGAAGCUUUCACGGAAACUGGAAUGAAGAAAACACUCUCCUCUAACAUCCUAGGAGGAGGAAAACACGGUGUCACAUGGUUCCUGCACUAAACUAGAUGAUUUUCUGCUUCUUUUAGUAGAAGAAAUUUGACAGACAAUCAAGUGAGAGCAUCGGCAGCCUUGGUGAUCUCACAGGAAAGUGGUCUCCUUCCAUUCCUUCUCCAGUCAGUUUUGGUGUGUCAACUUCAUUACUCUUUGUGGACAACUUUUGGACUUCUUUCUGUCUCUCUGUUGCAAGUAUCACAAUGGCAGAGCAACUAAACCUUCCAGAAAAUACAGAUGACUGGACAAAAGAAGAUGUAAACCGAUGGUUAGAAAGCCAUAAGGUUGACCAAAAGCACAGGGACACCUUGGUGGCCCAGGAUGUGAACGGUGCCAUCCUGAAGUGGUUAAACAAAAUGAAUCUUGUGGAUAUGGGCAUAACCCAUGGACCAGCUAUCCAAAUAGAAGAGCUCUUCAAGGAAUUACUGAAAACAUCCUCUCGAGAUCCUACUCAGACAUCCAAGGGGAAAAAAGGCAGUAAAAAUAUUCCCCCAAAACAAACUGUGAAGCAAAAGGAAAGUAAAGAGACUUUGGAACAAAAACAAAAGAAUAACGACGAUUCAGAUUUGUCCAAUGCCACUACGAGUCCAGUGGCUACAGGCUCUAAGUCACUGAAAGAUGAGCUCAUGGAAGAUGAAACAGAUGACUUAAAGGAGAAGCAGCCAUGCCUAGAACCAACAUGUAUCCCAUAUCCUUUUGAUGAAUCCAGUGAUCCAUAUCGUUAUAAAUUACAUUUCAUUCUACAGCCUGAAACUGGAUCACGCAAUCUCAUGGAUCCAGCACGUGAGUUCAAGGCCUUCACAAAUACAAAAACAGCCACAGAAGAGGAUAUUAAGAUGAAAUUUAGCAACGAGGUUUUCCGAUUUGCCUCAGCUUGUAUGAAUUCACGUACCAAUGGCACCAUUCAUUUGGGAGUCGAAGACAAACCCCAUGGAAAAAUUGUUGGUGUGCAAAUCACCAAAGUCACUAAAGAAGCCCUAAUUGAACACUUCCAUAAGAUGAUACAUCAGUAUUUUGAAGCACGUCAGGUCCAACAAGCAGAGAAGUGCAUUCGAGAGCCCAGAUUUGUGGAAGUUUUACUGCCAAACAGUACUGUAUCUGACAGAUUUGUUAUAGAAGUGGAUGUCAUUCCACAAUAUGCAGAAUGUGGAGAGGACUAUUUCCAGAUCAAAAUGCAAAACUGUAACAACAAAGCAUGGGAACAAAGUUCAAAAUACUCUGUCUUUGUGAGAGAUGGGCCCAAAUCUAAGGACAUCACAAAAAGUAAGUCGGACUUCAAAGCUUUUAAACUAGACUUAAAAAAAGUGGCAGAGUCUAGGAAAGAAGCAGAAGAAAAAUGCAUAGAAAAGCCAAAUAAAAACAAAAGUGAGGGGUCCAAGCUAGUUAAACUGUUGACAGGAAAUCAAGAUUUGCUGGACAAUUCAUUCUAUGACUGGUACAUUCUUGUAACAAAUAAAUGUAACCCAGAGCAAACAAAACACUUGGAUUUCCUCAAGGAAAUCAAGUGGUUUGCUGUGUUAGAGUUUGAUCCCGAAUCAGCAAGGAAUGGAGUCGUCAAAGCUUUCAAAGAAAGCCGAGUAGCAAACCUUCACACUCCAAGUCUGUUUGCAGAAGGGACCACGUGGAGUGACAAGAUUUCUAGUCUGAAUCUUUACCAGCAACCCAGCUGGAUUUUCUGCAAUGGGAGGUCAGACCUUGACAGUGAAAAAUACAAACCCUUAGAUCCAAUUUCCUGGCAAAGGGAAAGAGCUUCUGAAGUCAGGAAACUGAUUUCAUUCCUCACACGUGAAGACAUAAUGCCAAGAGGGAAGUUUUUGGUGGUGUUUCUAUUACUCUCCUCUGUGGAUGACCCCAGAGACCCCCUCAUCGAGACUUUCUGUGCUUUCUACCAAGAUCUCAAAGGAAUGGAAAGUAUACUGUGUAUUUGUGUACAUUCACACAUAUGCCAGGGAUGGAAAGACCUGCUUGAAGCAAGAUUAACGAAACACCAAGAUGAAUUAUCAAACCAAUGUAUUUCUGCCUUAAAUCUUGAAGAAAUAAAUGACACUGUUCUGAAACUAAAAUCUGUAACUCGAUCCUCAAAGAGAUUAUUGCCCUCAGUUGGCUCAUCUACUGUCCUUCUGAAGAAAGAAGAAGAAAUCAUGACUGCCCUGGAAAUUCUCUGUGAAAAUGAAUGUGAAGACACACUCUUGGAGAAGGACAAAAAAAAAUUACUAGAAUUCAAGGCAUCCAAAGAGGAAGACUUCUACCGAGGUGGCAAAGUAUCAUGGUGGAACUUCUACUUUUCUUCCAAAAACGAUUUUUCAUCUUUUGUCAAAAGAGAUAAAUUUGAAAGACUGGAAGUAUCAAUUCAAAACUGUGCACAUUCUUCUAAAGAAACAUGUACCAAAAUCCUUCAUCUGUAUCAUCAUCCAGGCUGUGGGGGGACUACCUUGGCUAUGCAUCUUCUGUGGGAUCUAAGGAAGAAAUUCAGAUGUGCUGUGCUGAAAAAUAAGAGAGUGGAUUUUUCUGAAAUUGGAGAACAGGUGACCAAUUUAAUUACCUAUAGGGUAGCAGGCCAUCAGGAAUACUUACCAGUAUUGCUCCUUGUUGAUGAUUUUGAAGACCAAGAGAAUGUCUACAUUCUGCAGGCUUCCAUUGAAACAGCUAUAGCUAAAAGGCACAUUCGAUAUGGGAGACCUCUAGUGAUCAUCCUAAAUUGCAUGAGAUCACAAAAUCCUGAAGUGUGUUCAGGGAACUCAGACAGUAUUGCCCUAACACAACAACUGUCUCCCAAAGAACAGAGAGCUUUUGAGCUUAAGUUGAAAGAAAUCAAAAAACAGCAUGAAAACUUUGAAGAUUUUUAUUCCUUCAUGAUUAUGAAAAACAAUUUUAAUAAAGAGUACAAAGAAAAUGUGGUGAGGAAUAUUCUGAAAGGGCAGAAUAUUUAUACCAAGGAAGCAAAGCUCUUUUCUUUUCUGGCUCUUCUGAAUUCAUAUGUGCCUGAUACCACCAUUUCACUCUCACAAUGUGAGAAGUUCUUAGGAAUCUCAAACAAGAAGGCUUACUGGGGAACAGAAAAACUUGAAGACAAAAUGGGCACCUUCUCUACAAUUCUGAUAAGAACAGAGGUGGAAGAAUGUGGGAAAUACUGUGGAGUGCGCAUCAUUCACCCUUUGAUUGCGAUUCUCUCACUGGAAGAAUUGAACAAAAGCUAUAACUUGGAUAAAAGUCAAAUUAUGCUGGAUUUGCUCACAGAAAAUAUGUUCUAUGAUGCUGCCAUAGGAAGAAGCAAAUUUCUCCAAGAUAUGCAAACCCUACUGCUCACAAGACAGCAUAAUGAACCUGAAGGUGAAACAGGAAACUGGUUUUCCCCAUUCAUUGAAGCAUUACAUAAAGAUGAAGGCAAUGAGGCAGUUAAAGCUGUAUUGCUUGAAGCUAUUCAUCGGUUCAACCCAAAUGCAUUCAUGUGCCAAGCUUUGUCAAGACAUUUCUACCUUAAAGAGAAGGAUUUUAGCAAUGCUCUGAAGUGGGCAAAACAAGCUAAAAAGAUAGAACCUGACAAUCCCAGUAUCUCAAACACACUGGGAGAAGUCUACUAUAAUAAAAUCAUUUGGGUGAUACAAGAAUCUGGAGGAAAUCGGCUUCUUGUAACUGAUGGUACAACCAAUCUUCUGGAAUUAACAGUACAUGCCUCCAGUGCAUUCAAAGAAUCUCAACAGCAAAGUAAAGAUCAAAAAUAUGAAGUGAAGGAAAGACUGUGUCAGAAGUCAAAAAUGAUUUCUGCUACUGAAAAAAUGGAUGCUUUUCUAAGGGAGCUAGAACGUGGAUAUUUCCUAAUGAAUAUUCUGAAUGUGAUUCCCUUUUUUGACAAUAAAAAUGACCUGUCUAAGAGGUAUAUGGUCAAUUGUAUAUCGAGAAAUUGUGAUAUUCUGGGAAAUCCAGAUAAAUUCAAAUUGUUCCUCAAGAACUUUAUUUCUUAUCUAACUUUGUUGCAAUCUUCUUUGGAGAAGUCCUUUGAUUUUUUUCUUUUUGAUGAUUACUUUGUCUUUCUAAAACCCAGGAACAACAUUAAUCGAAAUAAAGAGGCCAAAAUUUACAAGAAGGUAGGUAUCUUUCAAGAAUAUGUAGUUAUAUUUAUUUGUCCCUUAGCAGAAUCACAUAGCAGGGAUGUUGGAUCAAAGCUCCAUUUGCCUUUUCAAGUAGAGAGAAAUCAAGGAACCCUAGAAGCUUUAAAAGCAGACAAGUUUUCUGGGCUCCUAGAAUAUCUUAUCAAAAGUCAAGAAGAUGCUCUAAGCACCAUGGAAGAUAUAAUGAACAAAUAUACUUUUCUUUCUGAACAAUGUAUUGUCAAAAGGCAGCUAAAGGAAAAGCAGAACUUUAUCUUGGCCAACAUCAUUCUCUUUUGUAUUAAACCUGCCUCCAAACUAGUGAAGUCAAUUAAAAAAAAACUGAAGGAACAUCUUCGAGAGGUCUUGCAACAAGUAGGACCAACUUACCAAUAUUCAGAACCUCCUUUCCUAGCUUCACUCUUAUUGUGGUCAGAAAACCAACACCUGGAUCAAGAUUCUAAACAAAGGAAGUAUGCUCAAUCAUUGCAAAAUUAUUUCAGAUGGCAAUAUCAACCUAUAAUCGUACAUAGCAACCUAUUUCAUAUUUCUUUUUCUAAUCCCCCUACUGCAUAUUUCUUUAAUAAAAGAAAACAAUAUGAACAGACUUGUCUGCAAGGAAAAAUCGAUCAAUGCUUUGGAGAGACACCUGAUAUUAAUUCUGUGUGGCAAAGUGGAGAUGUAUGGAAGGACCAAAAAGACCUUUUGCUUCAUGUGCAAGGACAAGCUGAAAAUAAUUGUUUAUACAUAGAGUAUGGGAUCAAUGAAAAAAUCACAAUACCCAUCACACCCAUUUUCUUGCGUUUACUACAAAGUGGCAGGAGCAUAGAAAAAGUAUCUUUUUAUCUAGAAUUUUCCAUUGGGGGCCCACUUGCUUAUGACAUUGAAAUUGUUUAAGAGCCUGAUCUUCCUCCAGGAAGGUGGUCUCAGUACCACUUAAAUUGUUUUAGAUCCUAGACCUAUAUUUUAUAUUGGCAAAUUUAUAGACAUAGCCCCUGACUUUUCAUACCCAUACAAACAAUAUUUAAUUUACUAUGGUGAUUCCUACAAAGAUUAUGGUGAAGAAGGAAUGAGGGAGAGAUGUGGAAAGCAGCAAAUCCCUCCCUGGGUUUGGAUAACAUCAUGAAGGACAAAAUAAUAAGGAGCUGUGAAUGGAAUUAAGAGAGACGGACUUAGAAAGUCAGCCAUAUGGAGCCCCACUGCUUCUUUCUUCUUCAAAUGUGACUUUUUUUUCAGAAUAAGAAAAAUAAAAUUGUUUUGGUUCCAAGACGUCACACUAUCUGGGAAACGUUUCUCAAAAAUACCUAAAACCUCUUAAGAUGAGAAGCAACAUUUAUUCUGACCAAGUUAAUCUUAAAUGUAUCUUAAUCUUAAAUGUGUUUGACAUUUGGGGGUCUUCUGAGGAGAAGGGCCACCCAGAUCUCUAAAGGUCACCCCCACAGAGGUCAGCAGAUCUUACCAAGGUAGACUGGGGAAUUAGCUACUGAGUUUAUAAACCUCCCUCCAAACAGACACAUGGAAAACUGCACCCAAACUCCAAAGGUUGUGAACAAGAAGAAUUCUUGUGAGAAGAUUAAUGAGUCCCCCACCAGGGGAUCACAGUGCACUGGCAACAUUUACAUAUAACCCAUGUGUUGAACAGAUGUAACCAACGAGAUGGAAUCAUGGAUAUCAUCAAUGGCUGCCAAAACCAUUAAAUGGAAUACCGAUUUUAAAGAAAAAACUUUGUAACCGAUAAAUCAGACUGUCCUAAUCCUGUUUGAUAUGAACAUCACACAGACAAUCUGAUGGGAGUUCUUUUGUUUCCUCUAUCCUUUUGACUGUGCUUUUGAAAAUUUGUUAUAAAAGAUUUGCAAAAUGAAGCAUCAAAGAAUGCAAUA